AUGUGCAGGGUCAGGCUGGUGAUCCCCCAGUUCCAGACCAUAGACGGGCAGCAGCUGCAGUUUGCCACCACCCCUGCCCAGGUGAACGUGCAGCAGGAUGCCUCCGGGCAGCUCCAGAUCAUCCCCGGCUCCAACCAGCAGAUCAUCACGAGCCGCGCGGGGAGCAGCAACCUCAUCGCCAUGCCCAACCUGCUGCAGCAGGCAGUGCCCAUCCAGGGCGUGGGCCUGGCCAACAACAGCCUCUCUGGGCAGACCCAGUACGUGGCCAACGUGCCCGUGGCCCUGAACGGCAACAUCACCUUGCUGCCGGUCAACAGCGUGGCCGCCAGCCUGGCGCCCACGUCCCAGACGGGCACCCUGAGCAGCUCGGGCUCCCCGGACAGCAGCUCCCAGCCGGCCACCUCGGGUGCCACCAGCAGCUCUGCCAGCACGGCCUCGUCCCAGGCCAGCUCGGGCGCCUUCUUCACCAACGCCAACAGCUACUCCACCACCACCACCACCAGUAACGUGGGGGUCAUGAAUUUCUCCACCAGCGCCACGGUGGGAACCAAUUCGCAGGCACAGACGCCCCAGAGGGCCAGCAGUGUCCCGAGCUCGGACUCCCUGCAGAGCCCCGUGUCCGGGGUGGCUCUGCAGCCAGGGCAGCAGAAGGAGGGGGAUCAGAGCCAGCAGUCACAGCAGCAGCAGCAGCAGAUCCUGAUCCAGCCCCAGCUGGUCCAAGGAGGGCAGACAAUCCAGGCCCUCCAGACCGCCCCGCUCUCCGGCCAGACCUUUGCCACUCAAGCCAUCUCCCAGGACGCCCUGCAGAACCUGCAGCUCCAAGCUGUCCCCAACUCCGGCCCCAUCAUCAUCCGCACGCCCACGGUGGGUCCCAACGGGCAGGUGAGCUGGCAGACCAUCCAGCUCCAGAACCUGCAGGUGCAGAACCCCCAGGCCCAGACAAUCACCUUGGCCCCCAUGCAGGGAGUGUCGCUGGGGCAGACGGGCAGCACCAGCACCACGCUGACCCCCAUCGCCUCCCUCCCCAGCGGCACCGUCACCGUCAACGCUGCCCAGCUCUCCUCCGUGCCGGGCCUCCAGACUAUUAACCUCAGUGCCUUGGGAGCAUCCGGGAUCCAGGUGCACCAGCUGCAGGGGCUGCCCCUGGCCAUCGCCAACGCCCCUGGUGACCACGGAGCUCAGCUGGGUCUGCACGGUGCCAGCGGGGACGGGCUGGGGGACGAGAGCGCGGCGGUGGAGGAGGGAGAGACCAGCCCCGACCCCCAGCCCCAGCAGGGACGGAAACCACGGAGGGAAGCCUGUACCUGUCCCUACUGCAAAGAAGGAGAGGGCAGGAGCUCUGGGGAUCCAGGUAAAAAGAAGCAGCACAUCUGCCACAUCCCGGGCUGCGGGAAGGUGUACGGGAAGACCUCUCACCUGCGGGCUCACCUGCGGUGGCACACGGGCGAGAGGCCCUUCAUCUGCACGUGGGUGCUGUGCGGGAAGCGCUUCACCCGCUCCGACGAGCUGCAGCGGCACAAGCGCACGCACACAGGAAGCCCCUGUAAGAGGCAGGGGCUGAACAAGACCCUUGUGGCCCCAGGAGCUGCUGGAUCCUGGUGGGAUCAGGCCAGUUCAGCCCUGGAAACAGGCAGGAGGAGCAGCCAAAGCACCAUGGAUCAGCUCUUUGGGGAGGUGCACGGCCCGAAACUUCCGGGGGAGAUUUGA